CUUCAAUCGACGCUUCUCGGGUACACGCUACGUCAUUCGUCACUCGUCACGGGCCCGGCCGUCCCUGUAAUUAACUACUUGCCCAGAAGCUGUGCUUGCUCUCCUAACUUCCAUACCAUCUUCAAAAAUACCCAAGUCAAUUCACAUCUCCCAAUCACAAUGACAGCUAAUGCGCCCACGCUGAUCAAUCUGCCACCGCCGCCAUCUGGAGACGAGACUCCAGGCGACGCUCCGGGCACACCCAAUUCUGUUACAACUACUAUGUCUGAGUUGUCUACUGUUGCCAUCAAGGACGGACAUCGAGGCCACUUUCCCCACCAUCGCAAUCCAGCUGAAGCUGAGCGCGCGGAUCGCAUCUCACGCCUGGCUGGCCUUGAGCGGGUUGCAGUCUCCGGUCGCUCUUCUCAAGGACUCAACCCAGGUGUCGCAUCCAACCACCCUCCAGCUUACUUUGACGCAAACAACCAACCCCAGCUGUUCCGCGAGCGCAGUACCGUUGGCAGUGCUAGUGCCACUGGAUCUGUCGGUGGUCGCACAACCUGGGCCAGCGGCAGCGAUGUGUAUGAGCCAGACCGGAUGAGUGAGGAUCAGGACAUGGACACUUCAAGCAUGGGCGGCUUCAGCGACGAGGCGGCUUCUCUGGUCGGUUUCGGUGAGGGCGCGAGGACGCCAGCUCGCCACAACAGUCAGCUCGGCAGCCCAGCUGUGGGCAAGGCGAGCGCAUUGCCUGGCUAUCUAAGGGAUCAGACCCCGGCGAGCCCCAUGUCGAGCGUCGGCGUCCCUCCCAGCGCGGGAUCGACUCAGACCAUAUCGAGCACUGAGCAGCAAAAGAAAGAAGCACGCAUGAUGAACGGCAUGACGUACGACGACAAGGUUAUCGACACUGCUAGCAAUGGACCUGCUGCCAGUGGCCGGGAUGGCGACUCAACCUCAGGAGACGCCAUCCGCAAGCGCAUGCAACAACGUCAGGCUGACCAGGACGCGUUGACGCCUGAGCAGCAGAAGGAUGCUUAGGCGGAGGGUCUCUAGUUUUGUUGGGUUAUGAUUUCAGGCGGGAGUUAGGAAUGCUGUUAUGGCUAUGGUAGGCGGUCUUGAUGAUUUUUUACAUUUUCAGUAUGAAUACAACGCAGCAUGAUUACUGAAAAUAGCUUGUGCUUGUUUCAAAUAAGGAAGCCUAUAGCGAUUUCGAUUGGAUUGAUUGUAUAAAAAAUAUCCCUCUUAACGCCUGUUGGCGAUCAACGCUCUUGCAAAGUGCAGUGGCAACC